AUGGACAGUCUAGGACUCACCUCCGAGUCUAAUUGGCACCAGUUAUGUUCGAAACAUUUUGAUAUAAAUUGUAUCAAAAACAUAAAUGGUUACAAACGUAAACUAUGGCAUACUGCUGUACCAAGUUCAUGUACCGCUCAAUUUGAAGUAGUACAUCAAAUUUGUUCACUUGGUAUAUAUGUAAAUCCAGAAACAAAUAUAAGUUCAUGCACUACUCAAUUCGAAGUAGUACAUCAGAUUUGUACACCUGGUGCCACAAAUGUAGAAGAACUCAUUGAAAAUAAUUAA